AGAACCUCGGCAUACUAUAUAUAUGUAUGGUCGUGGCGACCUGCGACUUAGCCAGCGGUACUAAAUAGUUAGCCAACGGUUGCGUGAUUAGAAAAGAGAUAGCACCUGAUGGCGGCCCAUGUCUUCUCCUCGGCCGCCGAGCCAUCGCUCCUUCGGCUGGCCGGAGAAGGCGGAAGCCGCCUCCGCGGUCAGUUCUUCUGCCCUUGCCCGGUGACAAGCCCUGGACGGGAGUCCCAAGCGCUCUCCGACGAUUUUGACUUCCAGGAGGGCCUCAAGAGUGUUAAGACAAUGCUGCAUCAAAACCAUAAGGACAAGCGAGAGGUGAUGACCAACAUUGAUCAUCUCAAGCGCCUCUGCAUUGACCACUAUUUCCAUGACGAGAUCGACGAGGCCAUGAACACAUGUUUGGAUCUUGUCCAUAGUGAUGAUCUACUAGAUGCGACCCUUUCCUUCAGGCUGGUGCGAGAAGCUGGAUAUGAUGUUUCAGCAGAUGAGGUUCUUCGAAAGUUCACCGACGUCAAUGGUGACUACACCCUUGAUCAUAGCAAAGAUACCAAAGGGUUGCUCAGCUUGCAGGAUAUAUCAAACUUGAACAUGGGAGAAGAAUCACUCUACAAGGCAAAGGAGUUCUCAAGAAAGCACCUCACAUCUGCGAUAGAACACUUGGACCCAAACCUUGCAAGAUAUGUGCGGAAGUCACUGGACCAUCCCUACCAUGUGAGCCUGAUGCAGUACAAAGCUAGGCAUCACCUGAGCUACAUGCAGAGCUUGUCCAGUACGGACACUAAAAUGCAGGAGCUGGCACUUGCAGAGUUCCAGCUUAAUAAGUUGUUGAAUCAGAGGGAAAUGCAAGAGAUUAAGAGAUGGUGGAUGGGCUUGGGAUUGGCUCAGGAAAUACCAGCUACCCGGGACCAAAUUCUCAAAUGGUACAUGUUUCCCCUGACUAUACUCGAAGGACAGGCCUUCUCCAGAUACAGGAUAGAGACUACAAAAAUCAUCUCACUUGUCAGUAUUGUGGAUGACAUCUUUGAUGUUAUUGCAACACAAGAGGAACUCUCUCGCUUCACCGAGGCAAUCAAAAUGUGGGAUCUUGCAGCUGCUGAUUCACUGCCGAGCUACAUGAGAUCAUGCUACAGUGCACUUUACACAAUCACAAAUGACAUUGCAGAUUUAGUUGAAAGAGAUCAUGGAUUGUACCCUAUGGAACAACUCAAGAAAACUUGGGCCAAGCUUUUUGAUGCAUUUCUGGUCGAGUCAAAAUGGUUGUCUGCUGAUCAGGAUCCUUCCUUAGAUGACUACCUAUCGAAUGGCGUCAUCACUACUGGAGCGCCACUUGCACUUGAGCAUCUGUUUUUCAUGCUAGGGCAUGAUCUAUCAACGAUGGGUUCUGCAAACCUCACGGCCGGUCAGAUACGUCCGAUCAUCUCCUGCCCGUCAAAAAUCUUGAGACUUUGGGAUGACAUGGGCAGCGCAAAGCAUGAAGCGAAAGAAGGGCUGGAUGGAUCGUACAAGGUUUUGUACGUGAAAGAGAACCCCAGUGGCGAUGCAGAGGGGCACAUGCUUUCGCUGAUCCAGAGCGAGUGGGAGGCGCUCAACAGGGAGUGCUUCUCCAGGCGGUCCUACUACCCGCCCAUCGUGACCCAGAUCUCGCUGAACUUCGCUAGGAUGGUGACCCAGUUUGGCUAUGACGACGAGCAGAGGCGCCCUAUCGUUGAGGAUUACCUAAGGAUGCUCCUUUUCUGAAUCUUGCCCACACACCGAGGAAUCAAUAUGCUGAUGACGGGACCAGCGAAGUGCUGUCUUUUUGGCGGUUCUCACUAAAGCUCUCGGCCAAUAUAUGUGCCAUUGUAUAAGAAGAUACUUUUGUAGAAUUAUGGUAACAAGAGAAUGGUGCGGUCACUCUUUUCUAACAUUUGAAUGUUAAUUUUUUUUAAAUAGUGGUAAAGUGAAAAUA